UGCAUUUGCAUUUGUAAAUCAGUAAAUAUUUGCGUGUUUGUUUUCAAUUCCGUUGUUUUAAAGUAGGAAUUACGCUAUCGUCGGAAUCACUGAAACCAACUUUUGAAGGUUGCGAAUCAUCGACCAAUCUCUCACUUAAUUUCUGGUACUCCAUAUGAUUUGCUCGGAAUUUCCGAAACCUAGAAUUUCAAUUCAAAAUAUUAGCGCAAUCGUAAAUCCGAGAUAAAAAAUUCAACAAAGCUCCAUUAAUCACGAUGAAAAACUGUUAUCCCAAACCGAUACUCGUGAAAACCAGAAUGGCGGACAUCAGGCGCGUGCGGGAGGAUCAGCGCUCUGUCGUCUCUGCGUUCGCUGAGGAGCGUGCGCGCUUUUCCUUAUCCUCAUCCUGCCGUUCCGAUCCGGAGGAAAAGGUGGUGAGGGUGCCGAUGAAGAGCGUGGCGGCGCGGAGGGCGAUGGCGAUUAAGAGGGUGGAAGAGGAUAAUGGAGGCGGAGAUUAUACGGCCAGGGACUCUUCGUUGUUUAUUACGUCCAGAGGGGGCUGGUCAUUCUCUUGCAUGGUCUAAACGAACACAGGUGGAGAUUAGUCUUCCUCGAUCCUUUUCAACAAGCAUCCUUUGCCUUCUUCAAAUACUAGAUGAUCACGGGAUGAAUAUUUUUCAAUGUGGAUGCACUUGGUGCCUAAAAGUACCAUGCAAAGCCUCCUUCAUGAGGCAUGGUGGCAGCGAUGGAUUGCACGCCUAUGUUCAUUCUCUUGAUGAUGCAGUUAAUGAUAUGAAAUUGUUUCUCAGCAAGGUUUUAGCUGAAAAUCCAGGACUCCCAUGCUUCUGCUUUGGACAUUCAACUGGUGGAGCUAUAAUCUUGAAGACCGUACUUGAUCCGAAAGUGAAACAGCACCUAGCAGGCAUCGUACUCACUUCACCUGCCAUAGGAGUACAGCCAUCCCAUCCAAUAUUUGCUGUGCUUGCUCCGGUGUUUUCCUUCCUGUUUCCUCGUUUCCAAUUCAGUGCAGCAAACAAGAGGGGCGUCGCGGUCUCAAGGGAUCCAGACGCACUAGUGGCAAAAUAUUCAGAUCCGCUAGUAUUCACUGGAGCUAUCAGAGUAAGAACAGGCUACGAAAUUCUUCGGAUAACUGCAUACUUGCAGCAGAACUUGAGCAGGCUGGCAGCACCGUUUCUUGUUCUCCACGGGAGUGACGAUUCAGUAUCCGACCCCGAAGCAUCUCAGAAGCUGUACAAGGAGGCUUCAUCGAGCGACAAAAACAUCAUGCUCUACGAAGGGCUCUUGCACGAUCUGCUUUUCGAACGAGAGAAGGAAGAGAUCAUGGAGAACAUAAUUUCGUGGCUGAACAGCAGAGUGUGAAGGCGGAUACGGAGCAGUCAAAGAGGAAUUUGGGAGUCAAGUAGGCGAUGAAACACUUGUCUUGGUGAAAAACAGAGCUCUCCUCCAUUGUUAAUUGUAUGUAGAGGAGCAAAGCUAUCUCUGCUCAUAAUUUUUUUUCCUGGAUAGGAAUGGCAGGGAAUGUAAACUGGAUUUCUCUUGUAUAUUAGAAAGGUGUAGAUUAAUCAAUGAUGCUUCAUUCAUCAA